AUAAUAUUCCAUUUUUUUGUGCAUCCAUUUUAUUUGUGAAAGUCUAAGAAUUUUAUAAAAAUAUAACAAAAUUUAAUUAUAAAUGCAAGGAUAUCGUGGAAGAUGAUAUUUUACACAAAAUGCUUUUUAAAGGAACAACAAAUUCAACACAAAUUAUUAAGCGUAUAAUAGAACCCUUCGAAUUGACAAUGUAUUCGUUUGAUUUGUCAAAUAUUAUCUCGUUAAUUGGAGUUUUUAUUAUUAGUGCGCUUUAUUAUUGGAUAUUUCAUAUGCCCAUCGAUUGGAAAAGGCGCCUAGAAGAUGUCAGUUACGACCUCGCACUUGGUCGCGAUCGAAAUAUGAAAGCCAAACAAAAACGCGACACUAUCAAUCGGAUGCGUCGUCUUCGCAAAAUCGGCAUUAACGAUCUACCUCCACCCUACCCCAAUGGCUGGUACAGCAUUGCAGAAUCUUCGGCAGUUAAGAAACAAGAAGCUAUCAGCGUUGCGUGUUUGGGUGAACAAUUUGUAGUCUUUCGAACGGCAACAAACGAAGUGCACGUCCUCGAUGCUUACUGCCCCCAUUUGGGUGCAAAUCUUGGAAUUGGAGGCAAAGUAGUUGGUGAUAGCAUUGAAUGUCCAUUCCAUCAAUGGACAUUUCGUGGCAGUGAUGGAAAAUGUGUCAACGUACCUUAUAGUUCGUGUAGUGCUCCGGCAGCUUCCAAAGUUCGGCGAUGGGCUUCGAAGGAAAUGCAUGAAAUGAUUUUUAUCUGGUAUCACAUCGAAGGUGAAGAACCUUGGGAUUUGCCAGAGAUUGAAGAAAUUGAUAGCAAGAAAUUUAUCUACCAAGGUCGCAAUGAGUUCAUUGUUAGUUGCCAUAUUCAAGAGAUUCCAGAAAAUGGUGCCGAUUUGGCACAUUUUACAGCCAUACACAAUCCAAGCGUGUUGGCUGGAAGCAGUCCGAAAGACAAUCCGCUGGCAGUACUUGGCACACAUCGAUGGGAUGCAACUUGGAAGGGAUCAAAACCCGAAAGCAAGCAUAUUUCCACUCUAUCACUGAAUCAUCUUCUGGAAAUCUAUCCUAAGGUCCAGUUUUGCCAGGUCGAUGUUGUCGGAGUGCAGAUCGGCCCAGCCUAUGUUCAACUUCAUAUGAAAAGUAUCUUUGGACGGUUCGUAGCAGUUCAGACAGUGACACCCAUUGAACCACUUGUCCAAAAGGUUGUUCAUCGAUUUUAUGGACCAAGACUAAUGUCACCGUUUAUGAAAUUUAUUGUGGUGGCAGAGAGUAUCAUGGUUGAACGCGACAUAAACAUGUGGAAUCACAAGACAUUCCGCAGUAAACCUCACUUAGUGAAGGAAGAUCAUUCGAUAAAAUCAUUCCGCAACUGGUAUAGUCAAUUCUACUCCAACAACAGUAAAUCCUUUGCCCACGCUCAGGAGAAUUUAGAUUGGUAAAAUCAAGUUGCUCCUGUAUCUCAUGUUAAUUCCUUAAUUUAUGUUCAAUUUUCUUAGACUGUUAGAAUUUACUAAUUAAUUGAUAAGGAUAAGGUAUCUUUAAGUAGACUUAUAAAAAUAUAUAUAUAAAAGACUUUAUUUUGGUGAUUCUUUUUUUGUUCAGAUGUUGAAAUCACAAAUAAAUGAAAUGAAAAAAUAAAUUUGUUUAAA